UGCCCAUUCUCAUCGUCUAGCGCUAGUCAUUUAACGCAUGGUCUUGACGUCUGCCUAUAAAACUUGUUGCUAGUAAACGAUGCGCACUUGCGCCAAGGGCAAACAAGGGCAUACUUCCGCGCGACACCCGGUUUGAGGCUACAAGUAUUACCGAAAUAUAGCUAUUCAUAUAAAACAGAACCCAAGUGAAUUAGACAAAUGGCGAAAAAGGCGAAAAGCAGCAGCAGCUCAAGCAGUGACUCGUCCGAAGAUCUCACGGCGUUCCAGUCGGUAGCGGUCUCUUUCGAAGAGAUAACAAGCAAGCAAAAGGAGGUUGCCGAGCAGGCUAAACAGCGUCUAUCAGGAACUCGGAAGCGCAACCGCACGUCGAACAAGAGCAUCGGCAAUUGUACACAAGAGCAUGACAGUGGCGGCGAGGAUGAGGACGGACCUUUGGACCAGCUUAACCCAAUACAGCUGAAGGUGGCCGCUGCGCUAGACUCCUUGCUGGAGGGGCGGCUAAAGGUAAAGCUGCCGGGGGCCAAGCGACUGCGCCGGGAGGCACGGGCGGCAGAGAAGGCGGAGGCGGCGGAGGCAGCAGCGGCGGCGCCGGGAUCAGCAGGUGGCGCUGCCGGCUGGCAAUUCCGGUUCUUCUCACGCGUUCCUGCAGGGACGGCAGUGGUGCUGGAGCCCGAAGAGCUGCCGCCCCUCAAGGGCACUCCCUUCCCGGACACCUUCCGCCAGCGCCGCGCCCCGCCAGUAGAGGCGGCUGCUGCGGCGCUGCCUGCGCUGGCUGUGGAGGGGGCAGCCAUCUUGGAAGCAGCGACGGCAGUGGCCACGGCCGCCGCCGCAGCAGCAGCAGCAGCAGCUAGAGUUGAGAGGAGCGGCGGGAGUAGGAAAGAGGAGCGAGGUACCGGUAAUGGUGGUGGCGGUGAGGGUGCGGGUACAAGUGGGAGAGGUACUGGGGAAGGAGAGGAGCAGGGAGGAGAAGGAGCGGGAGGAGAAGGAAGUGGGGGCGCCUCGGAGCAGGGGGCAGCCGGCUUGAGCAAGCGGCAGCUGCAGAAGCUUAAGAAGAAGCAGAAGCGGGGCCUGGGUGAGGGAGUGGUGCUGGAGGCACGGCCCUUUGUGCCGCAGGAGGAGCGCAUGAGGCGCUUGACGGGAGAGUGACGUGGGGUGAGAGGGGGAGAAGAGUGACAGGGGGCGAGGCUGGCGUGUGAUGUUGGGGCCCUGAGGGGAAGCGUGGUCCAUGGUAGUGCGCAUGUCGCCGUGGCAAUCCUUGUCGUAUGAGAUGUUACGUUGUUUGCAUCCUGAUCAAAAGAGGAUUGACACUGCUAGGAAGUAGUGCACGUGCACGUGCAUGUAUCGGUCCGGGACGGCGGAAUGGAGGACACGAGAGGGAGUGGUGUUUGUUAGGCGUAUAUUUUACUAUACGUUACGUACACGCAUAUUUAUGCGUAUAAUACACGGAUAAAGGUUUAGGGCAGCGUAUGCGAAAUACGUACGAAAGCCCAAAUUCCGUAUGCGGUGAAAUCUGGAUGUGUCUGCCGUACAACAGGAAAACGCCCCAAACCCGUCGUGCAGUUGGCGUGUAGGGGGGCUGUGGGCGCCUAGAGGCGGGUACACGCGGUGUUUGCCCGGUUAGCCCCAUUUACGUUGCGUAUGGUGGAACUCGUAUGAGCGCGGCCCUAGACCGGUAUGUCUACGGUCAGCCAUGUACACAUGCGCGUACUAUAAUGAUACGCAUAUUUAUGCGUAUAAUACCGUAUACCAGCUCCCAAUAUACGUAUACACGACAUGCCUAGUGUUUGUUCACCGUUGGCUUUCUGUGUGCGGCAGGUGAUGAUGUUGGGAUGGGUGUUUCUGUAGGGACCGUUAGUGCUGCUGCGCCUGCCUUGUGUAGCAACGGGGCACCGAGACAUGCUUACACCAUAAAU